UAGACAUGGAGGAUGGGAAGCCUGAUCUGCUGUUAGUCAAAGAGGAGACAAUAGAAGACGGACCAGAGAUGGGGGAGCAAGGUGAUUGGAUGGAGGCUAAAAGAGGAGACUGGGUGGCCAUCUCUGAUUACCAGACCCAGACAGGUGCAGCCAAGGGCCCAGGGGACAUCAUCACAGAGCAGGCCAGGACCAGAGGCGAGGUCAGUGGAUGGGACAGCGUCCUCAACUCUGGGCUGGGGAACAACACUGUUAACCAGAAACAGACAGUCGAACACAAAACAACUGAAUUUAGUCUCCAUGCCAACAGACUGGCUGAGACCAGGGCGAGGUGUAGAUUUGGUCUGUGGGGACGGGGAGGUGUCCGUAUGUGGAGGGAGAGAACAGACACAGACUCGGCUAGUGAUGCUCCAUCCUGCUCCUAUAGUUGUGAUUCAGAGAGACUGAUGGGGCCUCAGGUUAACCCCCUAACAGGUGCUAGCUUCAGCCUGCCUUCUAUAGGAUCUAUCAACUGGAACAUGGACCCUGCGACAACACAGACACUCCCUGGCCUUCAUGCUCCUCACACUCUUCUUAUGUUAAACCAGACCUCAGACAAUGCCAGUGCCUCAACACUAAAUGGCUACACAAGCCCAUUGACCAAUGACAGUAGUAGAGAUGGAAUCAGUAAAGGUGGCAGUGCCAAGGAGAAGCGCUUCCCGUGUUCGUUCUGUGGGAAAGCCUUCAGUUUCCCCAAACACGUGGAGAUCCACCAGAGGAUACACACGGGGGAGAAACCGUUCGGCUGUAGCCAGUGUCACAUGCGCUUUGCCCAGGCUGGCCACCUGAAGAGGCACCAGAGAGUCCACACAGGGGAGAAACCCUACAGCUGCCCCCAGUGUGAGAAAAGGUUCUCCCACCAGCAUCAGCUGAAGCUGCACCAGAGGGUCCACACAGGGGAGAAACCCUACGGCUGCCACCAGUGUGAGAAAAGGUUUUCCCACCAGCACCAUCUGAAGAUGCACCUGAAGGUCCACACGGGAGAGAGGCCGUUCGCCUGUACCCACUGCGGGAAGAGGUUCUCAGAGAGGAGCUCUCUCAGGAUACACCAGCAGAAAAUGCACACAGCCCAUGUAUAGAGUAUAGUGAUAUGUAGUACUAAUUCGUUUGUUUGCAAUUAAUUAUGUUGGUUUUGGAUGUAUAGGGAACUGGAUGAGUUGAACUGAGGAAAUAAUGAGUAUGAUGAGGCAGAGUAGAUGAUAUGGUGAUGCUUGGUGUGAUGGUGUCUGUAAAAAUGCUUCACUGAUGAAGAGUGACAACUAUGUCCCUUUAGGUUGAUACUGGUGUUUUAUAAUAAGGAAAUGAUGGUGCCUUAAUUCAUGUUUACUUUAAAUAAAGUAGUGAAGAUGUGUAAGGUUUAACCUUUUCCAAAGUACUUUAAAAUGUAUUUUAUCAAAGCAAGGGUACUAGAUUUACAGAGAAGUUAUUCUGCAAUGAACAAAAAUAAACGCAUCAUGUAAGAAUUUCAAAAAUGUUACUGAGUUAGUUUAUAAAAGGGAAUCAGUUAAUAAAAAUGAAUUAAUUAGUCCCUAAUCUAUGGAUUUCACAUGACUUGGAAUCAGUGUUGUGUUCAAGACCACCUAAAGCGAGACCAAAUCAAGACCGGAAGGGGGGGCGAGACCAGAAAGAUUUGAGUCCAAUUCAAGACGAUUGGUAUUUGUCCAAUCACCACCAUUGUAAGAGUUAAACAUGUCCAGUAUUUCUUUAAGAAUGGUGAGGGAAAAAAUGCAUGCCAAGGGAAAAUAGAGCCACUCUACAAAUGAUUACUAACCCAAACAGUGGGGGACAAUGAGGGCCUUCUACAGCUUCAGAGAAGGGCUAAGGAUUUAUAAAAUAAUUAUGCUAUUUCCAUUACUAUUUUCAAUUAUGUUCUGAUUUAAUCUAUUGCAUUUUUGUUGGAAAGGGUUAACACUCAAGAGAAAAAAAGAUCCAAUCAGGAUUUCUCUUUGGUGGUCUCUGGGUAGAUAAAUCUAGCUUGCCAAGUAAGCCAUUGGCUAGGCCACCAGAAGUGAUCUGCCACUCAACUGUAUAAGGGCCAAAUUUUGGCAUGACAACCAAUCACAUUUUGACUUGUAAUGAAUGGGUUGAACCGUUUUUACAAAAAACAUAUGGAAACGUCUUCCUUCUCAAAGGCCAACAGGUCACUGCGCAAUAGCGAGCAGUAGUUAUCUCACGGCCUAGCUAGCCAUCUUUCAUUGUAGGCUAGUUUGCAGUGGCUGCAGCAGUUAUUGAAGAUGAUGAUGUUGCUAAUUUGUUAGCUUCUCCCUUUUCAAGAUUAACUUCAAACAAGAAGUUAAGUUUCAAAUGAUCAUCAUCUGGUGAGUUGAACUGUUUUAUUGGACCUCACUUGCUUUUCUUAGCCAUCUAUUUGAAAAUAACUUGUGUUGCAUUUAAACUUUAGGUUACCGGUUACUUUGUGCUGAAUGUUUUUUUUUUUUUUAAAUGAUGUGUUAUAUAUAUUUUUUACCCCCUUUUUUCUCCCCAAUUUCGUGGUAUCCAAUUGUUAGUAGUUACUGUC